AUGAGCUCUCAAAAGGUUUUUGGUAUUACUGGUCCCGUAUCCACCGUGGGCGCCACAGCAGCAGAAAAUAAAUUAAAUGAUAGCUUAAUCCAAGAACUGAAAAAGGAAGGAUCGUUCGAGACAGAGCAAGAAACUGCCAAUAGGGUGCAAGUGUUGAAAAUAUUGCAGGAAUUGGCGCAAAGAUUUGUUUACGAAGUAUCGAAGAAGAAAAAUAUGUCUGAUGGGAUGGCAAGGGAUGCCGGUGGGAAGAUUUUCACUUAUGGUUCUUAUAGACUAGGAGUCCAUGGGCCUGGCAGUGAUAUUGAUACCUUAGUAGUUGUUCCAAAACAUGUAACUCGGGAAGAUUUUUUUACUGUAUUUGAUUCACUAUUAAGAGAGAGAAAGGAACUGGAUGAAAUUGCGCCUGUACCUGAUGCGUUUGUCCCAAUCAUCAAGAUUAAAUUCAGUGGUAUUUCUAUCGAUUUAAUCUGCGCACGUCUAGAUCAGCCUCAGGUGCCUUUAUCCUUGACUUUAUCAGAUAAAAAUCUACUGCGAAAUCUAGACGAAAAGGACUUAAGAGCUUUGAAUGGUACCAGAGUAACUGACGAAAUAUUAGAAUUGGUUCCAAAGCCGAACGUUUUUAGGAUUGCUUUAAGAGCUAUUAAGCUGUGGGCCCAAAGAAGGGCUGUUUAUGCUAACAUUUUUGGUUUUCCCGGUGGUGUUGCUUGGGCCAUGCUAGUUGCUAGAAUUUGCCAACUAUACCCCAACGCCUGCAGCGCAGUUAUAUUGAACAGAUUCUUCAUCAUCUUAUCGGAAUGGAAUUGGCCCCAACCUGUUAUCUUGAAGCCAAUUGAGGAUGGCCCAUUACAAGUUCGUGUAUGGAAUCCAAAGAUUUACGCCCAAGACAGGUCUCAUAGAAUGCCCGUCAUUACACCAGCUUACCCGUCAAUGUGUGCUACCCAUAACAUUACGGAAUCUACUAAAAAAGUCAUUCUACAAGAAUUUGGGAGAGGUGUUCAAAUAACUAAUGAUAUUUUUUCCAAUAAAAAGUCCUGGGCUAAUUUAUUCGAGAAAAACGAUUUUUUCUUCCGAUACAAGUUCUAUUUAGAAAUUACUGCAUAUACAAGAGGCAGUGAUGAGCAGCAUUUAAAAUGGAGUGGUCUGGUUGAAAGUAAGGUAAGGCUUCUAGUUAUGAAACUGGAAGUGUUGGCAGGAAUCAAGAUUGCACAUCCUUUCACCAAGCCGUUCGAAAGCAGUUAUUGUUGUCCUACUGAGGAUGACUAUGAAAUGAUUCAAGAAAAAUAUGGUAGCCAUAAAACUGAGACAGCAUUGAAUGCCCUCCAAGUGGUAACCGAUGAAAAUAAAGAAGACGAAAGUAUUAAAGAUAUACCAAAGGCGUAUUUAACCACCAUGUAUAUAGGCCUUGACUUUAAUAUUGAAAACAAAAAGGAGAAAGUUGACAUUCACAUUCCAUGUACGGAAUUUGUGAACUUAUGUCGAAGUUUUAAUGAGGAUUAUGGUGACCACAAAGUAUUUAAUCUAGCACUCCGCUUCGUAAAGGGGUACGAUUUGCCAGAUGAAGUUUUUGAUGAAAAUGAAAAGAGGCCAUCAAAGAAGAGUAAAAGGAGGAAUCUGGAUGCUAGACAUGAAACCGUAAAGAGGUCUAAAUCAGAUGCUGCUUCAGGAGAAAAUAUCAAUGGCACGACCGCCGCUGUUGACGUGAACUAA